GCGGACGUGUCAUUAGCUGUUGCUAUGGAAACCAUUACACAAACAUGGCGGACAGCAUCGAGCCCAGCAAAGACGCCGCUGCAUGUUUGCAGGUCGUCUAAAGAACAAUCCGCUGACGCCACACGUCACUGCUGACGUCGCGUUGGCGCGCUGACAAACCGGUGCGCGUGAAUUGACGCGGGUUCACUUAAUUGAACGGUGACCCCACGUGACUUUGACGCACAGCACAUUUAAUCCUCGGCGCGGACACCAUGCAGGACGAGCCGGAGACAAGAGAAGCCUCUCGUCCCGAUCCGUCCUCUGACGCGCACAGGCCCGCGUCGACACAGUCGCAGGACAUUUCUCACGUGUUAGCGAGCACUUUUAAGGACCUGUACACAAGAGACGUCAUUGGGAGAGACACUCUGUCCAGCCUGGUGAAGACAAACAAAGGGCGAAGCAGCCACCAUAACACAUAUGUUGUAGAGCUGCAGCAGGCUCAUUGUGAAUAUGACCGGCGUAUGAAGGAGGCCGACAUGCUGGAGAGUCACAUCAUCGAGGCCAGAGCUCGGGCCGCCGCCACAGAAAGCGCGGCCUACGAGAGAAUGAGAGAAGAGAUGGGAGGCGUUCAGGAUCCCCGGGCCCUUCUCACAGUCGAAUCUGCCUUUUCAUGGUGUGUGGACAAUGAUCUUCUCAAAAAGAACGGCCUGAUUUCCCCCCAGGACUACUUACCUUCACAAAAACCACGGCAUAGACCUCCGGCACCAAUAAAAUCGAAUCCCGCCAAACCUACCGUCGCCAUGCACGUGUCCAAGGAGCCUCGGGAUGACGGCUAUACUCCAAUGCCCAGCCCAGAAAGGGUCGUCCAAGGAAUGAAUGAGUCAAAACGCAGCCUGACUCUCGAUCCCAGCUCAGAUAUGGCAAAGAGUAAGAAAUCUACCCGAGAGGGGGCCGACCAGUCCAAAGCCAGACCAAAGUGGAAGGGCGAGCCCAGCGCAAAGGAUCGGGCCGAGGGUUGUGAAGAACUCCAGAGGCUGAAGGAUCGCCAGAACUUCCUCCGCAAUCCUCGCUUCCUUCCUCCGAACGCACAGCAGGGCGAAACGUCCCUCGUCCGCCCCGGAGCAAGAGUGGAGAAGAAGGAGCAUGUAAGGAGCGUGAUGGAGAAGCAAAGCUCAACGGAAAAUCCUCCCCCAGCCUUCCUGGCAAAGCCUUCAGAGGUGCUUUUCACUGACUACAGCGUGGGGCAUGUUUAUGAGGCCUCUCUGGAGCUGAUAAACGUGACUUCCGCGAGCCGCACUCUCCGAGUCAUCGCUCCUACCACUCCUUACUUUUCUAUAGGCCUGGGGAGAUUCCCUGGCGAGGGCGGCGCUGUUGCCCCGGGGAUGAGCUGUAGGUACACGGUGCGCUUCGCCCCGGAAUCCUUGGGGGACUACGAGGACCAAAUAGUGGUGAAGGCCCAUGGCGGACAACGGUUCGGGGUUCCCAUCUUGGCCAGAAGACCCCCGCCUAUACUCACACUGCCAAGAGUUCUGGACUGCGGCGGUUGCCUGAUCGGAGGAGUGCGAUCUCUCGAGUUCCCGUGCCGAAAUGUCAGCGUCAGCGCCGGGACCUUCUGCGUCAUCCCGAAGAGCCAGUGGCCGGCCUCGAGCCUCAGGUCCGUGGCAAGAAACUUCUUCUGCGAGCAGCCGCCGUUUGCGAUCGGCCCGACUCUAUUCGCGCUGCAGCCAGGAGAGGCCACUGUAGUGGAGGUAAAGUUCUUUCCCAUCGCUGCUGAGAGGAGCCGUCAGGUGUUCACUAUUGUGUGUGACAACUGCCAAGUCAAAGACAUUUCCAUUGAAGGUGAGGGCCAGCAGAUUGCACUGGAGCUUCUUUCUGUAUCCGGGGGGGAGGAGCCUCGCGUGGCGGCAGAGGUGCAUGACCUCACCGCGGAGCACUUUGUCCGCUUCGGCCCGUGUAACCCUCACUGUGUGCGACAGAAGAAACUCAUCAUUAGAAACAAUGUCCACUUGGAGCUGCCGUUCCACUGGCAGAUCGUGAAGCCAAAGCUGCGCCCGUUCCUCCCGGGGGAAACCCUGGAGUCUUCCCAUGUCCAGGACCACCUGGCCGCAGACAGGGUUUUCCAUGUCAGCCCCCUAACGGGAGUCCUGCCGCCCUGCCGGGAUCAAGAGUUUUUAUUCACCUUCUGCCCCGAACAAUUGAAGGAUCAUCACAGCGUCUGUCACUUGGUCCUGAGGGAUAAUCCCCAUCUGCCAGCAGAUCCCUCUGACAAUGGUGUCCUUCAGCCCGUGCGCAUCGGGGCCACCGUGGGCGAUGUCAUCGCCAUGGAGAUAGAGGUGAAGGGAUCAACAGAGCCGUACCAGGUCCUACUGGAGCCCUACGCGGUUAUUAUCCCAGGAGAGAUUUUCAUUUCCUCGACCACCCGCAGGAAAUUCAAGAUGUGGAACCACAGCAAAACCUGCAUCUUUUUCCAAUGGGAGAAAAUGUGCAGCAGCGGCUACAUAAUGGAAGUGGAGCCCCCUGCUGGCAGCAUAGAGGAAAACGAGUGUUUUGACUUCGACCUGAUUUUGAGUGGAGGGAAACCGGAGAAGGUUGUGACCAGUGUGGUCUGCCACAUAGAGCACCACCACGAGCCCGUCACUCUGCCCGUGGAAGUCUGUUUUAAGGGCCCCACAGUGACCCUCAGUGAGCCCAGUGUGGACUUUGGGCUCAUGAGGCUUGGGGAGGAGACCCACACCACUCUGCUCCUCACUAACGUUACCCAUCUGGAGGCUUCCUGGACUCUGAAGGAGAGGUGUGACAGCCAGCAGGACCACCAGGACACGCAGCUCUCGGUGGAACCAGGCGGAGGCGUGCUGCCCCCCUCGGCCUCUCGCAGCGUGGGCGUGCGAUUCCGUCCCCGCUUCUGCCGGCGAUACGAAACAGAGCUGCUGCUGGCGGUGGAGAACGGCACCGGAUGUCACCUGCUGGUGCGCGCGGACGUGCACGCUGCCCGGGUGUGUCUGCUGGGCUGCCGGCUGCUCUUCUCUGAGCUCCACGUGGGGGUUCCCGCCGAGGCCAGCGUCACUCUCUUCAACCAGACCCUGCUGCCCUCGCGCUUCAGCUGGAUGGCUCAGCUCCAGGGUAAACAGGCUGCAAUGUGUGAAGCCAGGUUCGAGCCCUCCUCCGGCACCCUGGGACCUAAUGUUAGUUUGCAGAUCCGAGUGCAUUUCAUCUCUCACACAGAUCUGGAUGUGACUGAGGUGGCCGCUCUGUGUGAAGUCCAGGGGAUGAGUUCUCCUCUUGUUGUUGCAAUCACGGCUUCCAACACCCAAACUCUCCGCGUGUCCUACUCACUGCCCACAGUCUGCUCUCCUCCAGAUGGAGACAGACCUUCUAAACUGUUGCUGGACUUUGGCGGCGACGUCGUUUUACACCGAGCCGUAACCAAGCAGUUACUGAUAACCAAUCAAACUGCCAUCGCGGCCCCUUUCCACAUAGAGGCGGAUUAUUUCACCGGCCGUGCUUCGAAGCCAGAUAUCCAGUCAGAGAAAAGACUGACAUACGUCAAGAAGCCCCUUCACCCUGUUCAGGCCCAGAAGGAAGCAGGAAAAGCACUGGAGGAGUUCGUGAGCGGCCUGCUGGCCCACGGGAAAGGGGCAGCCUUCUUUGUCCGUCCCAACGCCGGCACGCUGGGACCCUUUGAGGCGCAGGCCGUGGACGUCACCGCCUACACGGACAUGUGGGGCGAAUACAGAGACCGCCUCACGUGCAAGGUGGGGGACCUCGAGCCCACGUCCGUCCCCGUGCAGAUGACGGUGACGGGCUGCCCGCUCUACUUCCAAGCGACGGGCCCACGCCAGCACGGGCAGGAGCAGGUUCCCGGCUCCUCCUCCUCCCCCCACGUCGGAAAGGCGCGUCCCGAUGGCAUCGGGCCUGUGUCGGUGGGACAAAUUCCCGCUUGCGUCCUUAGGUUUGGCGCUCAUGUACCCGGAGGCGACACGGUGUCUCGUUCUCUUCGCAUCAACAAUCCGAGCCCGUUUGACAUUCGCUUGGACUGGGAGACGUAUAACGUGGAUCCGGAGGACGACAAGCUGGUGGACCUCGUGGUGGCGUACGGAGACGCCUUUCCAGUCAAAGGCGCCGAGCCGUCCAGCGGGGCGUCGAGCGCCUCCGGUGGGACUGUUCAAGCGGCCCGGCGGAGAAAUACGACCCCGGGCUCCGAGGGGACGAGCUCCUCCGUCUGCGGCGCGGCCAGCGAGGGAGGGGAGGAACGUGUGUCCGAGGAGGACUGCGACGAAGAGGAAACCUCUCCUUAUCCCGCUCCUGCAAAGAAGAAACCGAUCUCGGUUCACAUCAGACCUCACGUGGGCACCCGCUCGGAUUACCCAUACUGCAUCACACCCGAGCAAAUAGUGAUUCCGGCAAAGAGCAGCGGCACCAUCCGCGUGUCCUUCACGCCUUCGGCUGUCCCCGGGUCGGGUCGCGAGUCCAGAUGUGCGGGCCUGGCUCUGGGCUUCAUGAGUCUAGACGCCGAGUCGGCCGCCUGCGUCCCGGGGAAAGUGGGAAGAGCACAGGGUUUGGACCUGGAGCCCGUCAGAAUGGAUCUACUGGCAGCCAUUAAGCCCGCAGUGCUGGUGGUGCAGAUGGAGGAGGAGGACGACGACGACGGGGUGCUGCGGUUUCACGCCUCGGCUGGUGAUUUAGUGACAGCCGAAUCGGGGGAGCCGGUGGUUGGUGAAUUUGACACCGCGCGGGGCCUGCGGUUGAGAAACGACUCCGCCGCGCCCCUCCGCUUCCGGCUGGAGACCCAGCCUCCCUUCAGGGUUCUCAAGCAGCGGCUUCUGGUGCUGCAGCCUCAGCAACGCGUGCAGGUGAAGGUGGCCUUCCACUGCUCCCUGCCCCUGCUGGAUCACGCAGACCAGGCAGCCGGGGAGCUCCCUCCCGGGGUGAUGCUGAUCCAGUGUGGAAGGGAGGGAAGGAAGCUGAUGUUCCAGCAGAACCUCCUGAUUCACCACAGCAGCAACGCCCCGCAGACGGUGCCUCUCUGCGCCCACCUGUCGCUCGCCACGGUGCGGCUGUCCAGGGGAGGCGUGGACUUCGGCUUCUGCUACGUGGGCCAGACGCAGAUAAUAGAAGUCAACCUGUCCAAACACGGGGCCCACACCUACUGGAGAUCCGUCAUAGAGUCCGAGCAGGGAGACUCUGGUGUGUUCAGUGUCACACCGGACUCCGGGCUCCUCCGCUCAAAGGAGCCGCACGUCACCGGCUGCAGUCAAUGUCUCCAGAUCGGCUUCACCCCCAGUGAGAACAGAGAGUUCAAGGCCGCCGUGGUAAUCCGGUCCCCUCUGGUGAAGACCCCCCUCAGCCUGCAGCUCCAGGGAGCGGGAUCCUAUGACGAGGUGCACAGGUCCAGCUAGAUCACCUGCUCUCCUCAAAGCAACCUGUGCAUUCAUUCUUAUGGAAAAAUGUAAAUAUAUGUAAAGAACAACUUGUCAGGUCUCCAUCACUUUAUUAUAUAUAAAUGUACUUUUAUUGGUAAGUAAAUGAUGAUGCGAGAGGUUUGCUAUCAACACAAUACAUUUAAUGGGAUGAGACCUAACUAGCGGGAGACAGUCACUGAAUCACAGCCAAGAUUUAUACAACUAAAUAUGAAAGUGAGUUGAGUAUGACACGUGUAGUGCAAUACGCUCACUCAGCUGAUAUUAUGCAUUCAUGUUACAUAUUAAGACUCAAGGUACAAUGCCAUUAGCUAUGUGUCACGCAAGCAUAAAUGGUAUCAAAGCUGCACUUAAUUGCCUCAUUAGAGGAGAUGUUAGAAAACUGUCUUUGUAACCGCAGUACCAAGUUUUGAUUUCUAGUCCUCCCUUGGAGUCCAAUAAAUCGUAGGCAGCAGCAGGAAGCUCCCACUCCAGCCCCAGUGCACAUGGACACUGUGCGAUGAGCCCUGCAGACACUUUGCACAACAGGGAAAUACUGGGAAGGAUUAUCAGCAAAAGCCUUCUGAACGUGUUUUUCUUCUCCAAAUGAGCUGUGGGGCUGUUCAACACUGUCUGAACAGAUGGCUGCAGCUUAAUACUCAUCACAACAAAUAACUAAUUGCUAUUAUCUUCACCCCAAAGGUCCACCCAAUAAUACACCAUGUACAAACUUAAGUUUCAUCCGUCAAAACAAUUCCACCGUUUUCUCCUCCAACGUGGAGCCCACCUGACUGGUGAGUCGACAUCCGCCCCGCAAAAAGAUUUUUCCCAUGAAUACCUUUUCAACUAAGAUGGAAAAAAAAAGGCAGCUACAAGGAUAAACAAAAGUUAUUGCUACAGUAUUCAUUUGAUAGCAUGUCAAAUCGGUGUGAUUGCUGUUCACGAAACUGCAAAUUUAACCCACAAGAAACACACACAAACAACCACACACACACACACAGACACCGUUAUUGUUAAUAACAGCAGCCUGUGGCGUUCAUCCACUGCACAGUUCAGCGGUACAGAAGUCCUGAGAGGGAUGCAAAUGUCCAAUUGAUAUUCAGUGCAAUGAAGCAGUCUCACAACAAAACAUGUCUGAUCACAACAAAACAUGUCUGAUCGACGUGUUGAGCUAAUCUGAAGGGGAUCGAUGCCGUGGACAAGGUCAGUGGAGCCUCCGUUGUUGUGUCUGGUCAAAUAUCCCAAAAGGAAGAGACAGGACUGCCCAGAUUUACCUUUCUGUGCCCGUCAUUCACAAUGAUGGUGUACAGGUGGUCUCUUUCUGUAGCUUGAAAGCUCCUGGUUCUGAGUGUCAGGAGCACGACACGUGGUUAAAGAUGAGAUAGAACACACCGCUGCAUGGUCCGCUUCAGUGACAGGGCCCAUUAGUCUGGGGCUCACGUCGCCGCGCUGGCUUAUUGAACACAACGUGCCGUACGACGUGCCAGAUAAAUAAAGGACACGGGGUCACCAGUGUGUCCAUAUUCAACAGAUCGGAUUACAGAUGUAAACAGGCAAGAUACAAGUUGGUAACACACGGUAAAGGGAGGAACUUUUGGUAAAUAAUGAAUUAAUUCAAUAACAAUAACUAGUGCACCAUUUAUCUUUAUGCAUUUUAUACAUAAGCUGCAAGUGCUUCCGCUGCCUCUUGUACUCAGCAACUGUGAUGUCCUAACAAAUGACAUUCUGUCAGAUAAAAAACAGUGUCUGCACCUUCAGGAAUAGCAAUAUGCCUUUGAGCUUAAAUCACAAUAUACAUACAUUAUCCAGCAGUCUAGCAAAACGGUCCCUCAAAGUUUUCACAAUGGCCGAACCUAAAAUACCUUUCCAUUUUUCUAAAGGUGGUUUGUUUGUUGUCAUUUAUUGUAUUAUUAUAUUUAUUAAAUGAAUAUGUAUUUCAUCAUUUCUGUCUUUCUUUCGAUAUGUUUUGUAAAACAUGCUAAAUGAAAUAUAAUAAAAUAUAUAUGAAUCGGCUUAUUUGAUGAAAUUGCACUUUCUUGUUUCUUGUUCUUUGAGUUUGUAUCACUACGAUUACAAACUCCAAAUGUUUCAUCUAAAUGACAUGUAAUUUAAUGUAAUAUUUAUAUAUAUAUUCUUCGUUAUUGAUGCGAUAAGGUUUUCUGGUAGUGUCUGUGCCACAGAAUGAAUAAAUAAGCACCGGCCUGUUGCCGCGUGCUGUUCUUGCUCCAUGUGUCCACGGGGAGGCGCUGUUUCCCGCACUUUGCCGCCGCCGCCGCCUUGGAAACGCACCAGCGGAGAGCGUCACCGCUUCCUGGUGCUCACGUUGUUGAUGACGUCACAGGCGCAGAUGAUCCAGGGAGAAACUCGAGCUCGUCUCCGUAGUGUGUGUGGAGACCAGCAAAGAGCAGGCUGACACAAGAUAAUAAUAAUAAUUAAAAAACUUUCCUCUGGAUCGCAUCAGCCAUCGCAGCGUAUUCCUCUCAGUCAACAUGAGCCGAAGCGGAGCUCUUUUGUAAUUCUUCAGCACUGAGCGCAGUUUCCGGAAAUAUCGUUCCACUGUUUUUGGGUGAAGAUUUUGCUUUGCAUCUGCUGGGAUUUUUUUUUUCUUCUCUUUUUUUCCUCGCUGUUCCUGACGUGUUUGUUCGUGAUAAUUCACUCUCAUCCUCACUUCGUCCUGCAGCCACAGCUGCAACAUGGAGACACAUUGAUCACAAG